AUGCCAGAUGAGUUGUCGACGCUGGCCGAUGAAUUAGUGAGAGGUUAUCUGACGUACCGAGGGCUUGCCACUACGUUAAAUGCCUACGAACAAGAACUGAAAACGGAAAAGCAGGGCAAGAUUUAUGUCGAACGAGUCGUCGAAGAAAUAACGCAAUCCAUCGAAAAGCACGAUAUCGACUCGCUAAAGAAAAUCUGGAGCAAUUUUAACGAAAGGACUUUUAAUCAACUUUCUGGGGAAGAGAGCCGGAUAGCCACCCAACACGAAAAUGACGCCUUCAAACUCUACAUCGUCAAAUGUAUACAGAAAAACGAGAAACAAAAAUGUGUGGAAUUUUUCACGAAAAUGGCGAGUAUGACGGUGGGGAAUCCUACGUGGAGUGAGUGGUUUGCAAUCCCCUACAUGGCCAGCGACCCGAAAGACCGGGAGCCCUUCAAAAA